CAAAAUUAGUUGGUAAAAUGGCGUGAGAGCGAUGGACGUGCGCGAGUCCGACUCAUAAGAGAAACAGCAUCGCGGGAACGGAAUAAUGGCAACGACGGGCAUUUUGCCGACCCAUCAGCGUUUCCUGAACGGGGCCCCUGUCCCGAGCUCUGCGCGCCGGUCUUUCAGGCCCAGGGAAAAGUACCUUAUCCUGCUCGUGUUCCUCACUUUCGGCCUCGUCUGCUUUGGCGGCUUUUUCUUCCUCCCAGAGUUCAAGUCGGGCGUGAGCGGUAACAGCGUCUAUACGGUGUACAAGAGGAUCCAGAAGGCGGGCCCCGAGCUCCUGAUACCGGCGCCGCCGCACAUGCACGACUUCAACGAGAGCCCGGGGAUUUUCGGGCACGGCGACCCCCACGGCGAGGACCCGCACAGGCUCGAGGACCGGGCGAAGCUCCUCGCAAAGAUCGCCGAGGACGAGGAAAAGAACCAGAAGGUCCUGGAACGUCCGGACGUCCGGGUGAUGAGGCCGGGGAGCUCGUCCACCAGGCUGGUCGAAACCCAACAGAAGCAGGUCGAGACCAACGUCGAACAGGGUCUCAACAUCAUCGAAGACGAGAACGCCGUCAAUACAGUUCCUCCCAGCUUCGCAGAUCAUUAUCCGCUCACCUACAACGGUGAAGACCCGGACAGAGAGGUGCAACAGAAAAGGGCCAAAAUAUUAGAGAUGACGAAACUGGCGUGGGACAACUACGUCCGCUACGCUUGGGGUAAGAACGAGUUGAAGCCCAUCUCGAAGCGAGGCCACACGGGCAGCAUCUUCGGCUCCGCGUCACUCGGUGCGACCAUCGUCGACGGCCUCGACACCCUGUAUAUCAUGGGACUCCACGACGAGUUCAACGAAGGCAGGGAAUGGAUCAAGAACAACCUGAACCUGGAAGAUGUCAUUGGAGAUUUUUCAGUUUUUGAAACAAACAUCCGUUAUGUUGGUGGUUUGUUAACGUGCUAUUCCAUCACUGGAGAUGUUAUGUUCAGAGACAAGGCGGAAUACAUCGCCAAGAAGCUUUUACCAGCGUUUGAAACCCCGACUGGAAUUCCAAAUGCACUCAUCAACUUCAAAACCGGGCAUAGCAAGAAUUACGCCUGGGCGAGCGGGGGUUCCAGUAUUUUAUCAGAAUUUGGAACACUCUUUUUAGAGUUUUCAUAUUUGUCAGAUGUCACUGGAAAUCCAGUUUUCAAGGAAAAGGUGACCAAUAUUAGGAGAGUGCUACAAUCGAUGGAUAAACCGAAAGGACUAUAUCCAAAUUAUCUCAAUCCAAAAACAGGAAAAUGGGGGCAAUAUCACAUGUCUAUGGGUGCCCUUGGAGACAGUUUUUAUGAGUAUUUGCUCAAAGCUUGGAUUCAGUCUGGCAAGCAGGAUGAAGAAGCCAGAACUAUGUACGAUUCUGCUAUGGAUGCAGUUAUUCAGCAUAUGCUCAAGACAUCCCAUGGAGGGCUCAUGUACUUUUCCGAACUGAAGUUCGAAAGGAUUGAGAACAAAAUGGACCACUUGGCUUGCUUUUCAGGUGGACUCCUUGCACUCGGUGCACAGACAAGGAGAAACAGCAAUUCAGAGAGGCAUAUGGAAAUAGCAAAAGGAAUAACAAGGACGUGCCAUGAAUCUUACAUAAGGACCAACACUAAACUCGGUCCUGAAUCAUUCAAAUUUACCGAUACAGUCGAAGCGAAAGCAGUGAGGACAAAUGAGAAAUAUUAUCUCCUUAGACCAGAAGUUAUAGAAUCAUAUUUUUAUAUGUGGAGGCUGACUAAAGACCAGAAGUAUAGAGACUGGGGUUGGGAUGCAGUACAGGCAUUGGAAAAAUACUGCCGAACUCCAACUGGAUAUUCUGGUUUAAAAAACGUCUACCAGGACGAGCCGAUUAAAGAUGACGUCCAGCAGAGUUUCUUUUUAGCUGAAACGCUGAAGUACCUGUACCUACUCUUCAGUGACGACAGCCUGAUUUCCUUGGAUGAAUGGGUAUACAACACCGAGGCUCAUCCACUGCCAAUCAAAGGUGUCAACCCUUACUAUCGAGAACACCGGCAGACAUAGCCUGCUCUCUAAUUUUACUACAUAUAUUUUAAAUAAGAAAAUCAGUAGGUGAUUUUUAAAGGAAGAGUAUUCAAAUGGAAGUUUAUAAAGUCAUGGAGAGAAAAGUACCUCAUUUUUAUCAUUAGGAAUCUAUUACGCCCAAAUAGACAAAAAUUGGGAUUUUAAACCAAUUUUUUCUUUUUUUUUGCUUUUGAGAAUCUAUGGGAUCACUAAAUUUAUUUUAAUUAGAUACUUGAAAAUGAGAAACAAGGUCGUGUUGAUCAUUGUAAAUUAAAAUUGUAUUAAUAUUUAAAAAUUGUAGCUCAAUUCUUUAGAUUGUUAUAAAUUUUUUCAGUUUUAAAGGGUUAUACUGUAUAAAAUUGUGAUUGAUUUUAUAAAUGUUAUUUAGCUAAGGCCUCAGUCUGUAUAUAUUAAGCAUUUGUAUAUUCUAAAGCACAGUUUCUGGCUUAUGUUUACAUCUUAUACUGUUUAUAUAAAACCUGAAUCAAUGGUUGUGGUUUUUUUACAAAUAUUUUCUUCAAGUGCACUUAAGAAUUUUAUAGUUUAUUUUGUUUAGUAUCCUAAAUCCAAUUGCAUUUAACCUCCAUUUCUUCAUUCUUUGACAAAUAUAAAUAUGCAUUGUUUUUUCUUUCUUUAAAUACUACUAUGUACGUUAUAUUUUUUGUCUGUUAAUAAAAGAGCAAAAAAGUUAAACAAAAUAAAGACUGAAUUACAGUUCUGUUUUAUUAAAUUUUAAUUGAAUAACAGUCUUUGUUUCCCUAUUGUUUACAUUCUCAGCUCGAAAUAUAAUUCAUUUUAUAACUUAAAAAUUCCUCUUAUAGAUCUGUAGAAUUUAAAAAAAUAUAUAUGUAAAUUUAAUGAAGUUUUGAAGCAGGUGAUAUUUGUAUUUCUGUACAUACAACUACAGGCAGUGAACUAUGAUUUCUGUCCUGAAUUACUGUAAAAAUGUUUUUUUUUUUAAUCUAAACUAUUAUAAUAAAAAAAAACACUGGAAGAGAAUUGAUUCGUCCCAAACGGGAGCAUUAUAAAAAUCAAGUGAAAAUUGUUUCAAAACAUUUAUUGUCAACAAAAUAUACAUUGCAUAUUAUAUAAUUUAUGCUGUAUACUUAUGACUUUGACUUUGAUUCUUGUAAAAUAAUGUAAUAUACUUUCUAUUUAAUAAUAUUCGAAUUACAAUAUAUAAAAAAAAAGAUUUGUUUUUAUCAUUUAUAAAAGAUAAAAAUAAAUAAAACCAAUUGUAUAGUAUAAUUAUUGCGAUUUGUUGUUGAAGUUUGUUUGAUGUUAGUGUCAAUUUAUUUAAACGAUUUUUAUAAAGUGAUUAUUUCGCAUAGGAGGAUUAAUGUAAUUAACUCAAAUUGUAUAAUGUACAAAAUAAGAGAGUUGUGUUAUUUAUUCAGUGCGUACAUUGUAAGAGAGAAAAAUCAAUGCUUCCUUUAAAUGAACGGUAACAUCGGUUACGAUAUAAGUGAUUCCUAAAUUUGAUUAAUGUAAAUAAAUAGGACUUUUGGAGAAAAAUAAAUUAAGACUGUCAAUAUCAUAAAAUAAUUGAACAGCACUCGUUUUUCUUUUUUCGUAUUACAUAUAAGUAAUAAGGUGUACAAUUACAUGAACGACAUGCAUGUACAUACAAAUGUAUGUGUAUAUAUUGGGAAUGAUAUAAAUAUAUGUACUAUAUAAAAUGUUAAGACAUCUGACAUUCAGAUGCUUAUAAAGAAUUAUUACAUUUGUAUUUUUAAAAAAUGUAACAUUUUUUGAGAAUUUUAUGUAACUUUGUAUUACAAAUUAAUUUCCUUGUUUUUUUUUUGUUUUUUUUUGUCUGAAAAUUAUAAAUCCGAUCGUGUAGUCGGGAUUUCAAUUAGGAAAUUUGCCCUCAAGGUUAUUUGCAUGUUCCUUAUUUAACAGGUUUGUUUAUUGUAUGGUUUUGUUAUGAAAUUACUUUUGAAUUUACAUAAAAUGAAUUUUAAAAAAUAUAUGAAGGGAUUAAUCAUCAA